AAUGUUCCAGUGGUGAUUAACAUCUACUUUCAGCGCUACUGGAUGUAUGGUGCAUUUGCUUGUAAGCUGUAUGCUGCAGCUGGAGCUGUAUUUGGAACAACAUCACUUCUUGUCAUCGCUAUGAUAGGAUAUGAAAGAUACAAAAUAGUUACCAGAGGAUGCACUUCUUCCAGUUUAACAUUUAAAAGUGCUAUCAAGAAGAACCUAUUGUGCUGGGCCUACGCGAUAUUUGUCUCGAUCCCACCAUUCUUCGGAUGGGGGAACUAUGCAGCAGAGGGAUUACUUCUAACCUGUAGUUAUGAUUACAUUAAGAAUGACAUGAACAGUAGAAGUUUUGUAGUUUAUGGAUUCUGUACCAGCUACUUUGCUCCUCUGUGCUUUGUUUUCUAUUUCUACUCACAGAUUCUCACCUCUGCCCAUCAUCAGAAGAAGGAUGUCGAAGAUAUGGAGACUAGAAUUCAGUGUCCUGCCUCACAAACAGAUCCUAAAUCCUGGAACCAGCAUAUUGAUGAAACAAGGGUUGCCAUGGUGUCAAUGACAAGUGCUGGAUUAUGGUUUAUGUCGUGGACUCCUUAUGCUUUGGUCGUUCUUCUCUCGUCAGCAGGACAGUUCACGCUCGUCACUCCUAUUAUGGUUCAGCUUCCAUCAUUCUUCGCUAAACUUGCCUCUGUGCUGAACCCUCUGAUCUACGCAUUUGGACACGAAGCGUUUAGAGAGGGGAUUUCUCAGGAGUUACCUUAUCUUUGCUUAAAGAGGAAGGGGGGUGACGAUGAAGAUGAGAAGGAUAAUAAUACCUGUGCAGAUGGGCUCAGUCUAGGACAUCUCUAAUCUUCAGAUUGGAAAUAGGAAGACGACUUUUUAACUUAAAUUAUGGCCUUGAA